CAACAACACCACCAUGUCGCAGCUGGAAGCGACAUCAUCCGGCGUGCCCCCCGCCGCGGCGGCCGCGCUUGAGAGUUACAAGGCGAAGGAUGCAGCAAAGGUCGUGGUCCGCUUCAAGUCGAUCGGCUCGGCGCCCAUCAUGAAGAACAACGUGUUCAAGGUCACCGCGGGUAACAAGUUCCAGGCGGUGAUUGUGUUUUUGAGGGGGCAGCUGGGCGUCAAGGCGGGGGACAGCUUGUUCACGUACAUCAACGGCGCGUUCGCGCCCACGCCCGACGACACUGUCGGCAACCUGUACAAGUGUUUCGGGACCGAGGGGCACCUCAUUGUCAACUACUCCAAUACCCAGGCGUGGGGAUAGAUAAGCCUGCCCUCGGCCCUCGACCUCUUGACGACGACGUGAUACCCCGCAUCCUAUUGUAUUCGCAUGUAUGGCACUUUGCAUCA